UUUAUCAGCCCUAAUUUAUUCCCCUUCCCCGCCCUAGUUCCUUCAUCACCUCUCUUCUUCGGAAUCUACAAACCCUCAGUUGACAGAAACCCUAAUUCUCACUGCAAUUGUUCCGCCAUGGCUCGUAACGAGGAGAAAGCGCAGUCGAUGCUGAAUCGUUUCAUCACCAUGAAAGAGGAGGAGAAGAAGAAGCCCAAGGAGCGGCGCCCCUACCUCGCCUCCGAGUGCCGCGACUUGGCGGAGGCGGACAGGUGGCGGCAGCAAAUACUCCGCGAAAUUGGCCGGAAAGUCGCCGAAAUCCAGAACGAAGGCCUCGGAGAGCACCGCCUGAGGGACUUGAACGACGAGAUCAACAAGCUGAUUCGAGAGAAGGUCCAUUGGGAGCGGCGAAUCGUCGAGCUAGGAGGGCCGAAUUAUACAAGGCAUUCAGCCAAGAUGACUGAUUUGGAUGGUAACAUUAUCGAUGUUCCCAACCCCGGCGGAAGGGGCCCCGGGUAUAGAUACUUCGGGGCGGCGAAGAAGCUGCCCGGUGUUAGGGAGUUGUUCGAGAAGCCUCCGGAAUUGCGUAAGAGGCGCACCAGGUAUGACAUAUACAAAAGAAUCGAUUCAAGUUAUUAUGGCUAUAGGGACGAUGAGGAUGGUGUAUUACAGGGACUAGAAGGAAAAGCGGAGAAGGAAAUGAGGGCUGCAGCGCUGGCAGAUUGGAUGGAGAUGGAGAAGAUAAAGAAGGAAGCCAAGAGGGCUGUAAUGAGCGGUGACGUGGCAGAAGCAGGUGCUGUGUCUAAGAUUUUGUUCGAGGGAGAAGAGGAUGUGGUGGAGGAAGAACGGAGAAUCGAGAGAGAGAAAGAGGAGGAAAUGGAAAACGAAUUUAUUGCACAUGUGCCACUGCCUGAUGAGGAGUUGAUUAAAAAGAUGGUAUUGGAGAAGAAGAAGCAGGAAAUGUUGAGCAAGUAUGCGAGCGAUAAUUUGUUGGAGGAGCAAACUGAAGCAAAAGCCAUGCUUAAUAUUCAGCGUUAGAUGGCAACUUGGAGACCCUAAAUAGUUGACGUGGAGUCGGAAUCCAAGGGGGCGAGAGUUUGCUCUGCUCCUCUCUUAGCUUUUCUAAGAAUUCGUUUAAGAACUAUUAACCUUUGCUGACAGGCUUUUGUAAUAUUUUUAAACUUUGAAAUAUGAGUAUUAGUUCAGUCGGAAAAGAAAAUUAAAAAAAGAAAAAGGAAAUGCGAUUAUCGCGUUGCCUUGAAUGAA